CUGAAAACCACUUUGCCGUGUGUCGUAAUUGGUACUAUUAUUAUUACACUCUGCUACAAGCAAGCAUGAUUGGGCACCGCCGCCGUGCCGACAAUGCUCAAUGUUCGAAUCCUCGAAAUCAAACACAGGAACACCCACAAACAUCCCGCAUCGUAUUCGCCAACAUGUUGGACAGUCGUUGCACAUUAGUGUGCUAACGGGCCGCGUUCAGGCCGCGGCUACCGAUCGUAAUGCAUCCGACAUUUGUGUCAUCCUUGAUCGUGACAUCGAAAGUUUAAAUGUUUCAGCCGACAGUAAAACUGAAUAAUCGACCCACAAAAAUACACACAGAACAGUAUAUGCACCAUUGGAGCUACUUCCGGCUUCAACUCUACUUCGGGUCACUACUUUUCAUCUUCGCUUCUGAGUGGGGCGAGGCAUUUGGGCUGCUUUCGUUGAACCAUUGGUAAGUCUUUUAAACGGUCUUAGGCUUAGGCGUUAAUGUGGAGGCUUUCCCGGGGCACUCGUGUCUGAUUCUGCCUGGUUCUGCCGAUCCGUUCAUCUUGUGUUGCCAGGAACUAGAAUUACCCGUUAGUAGGUAGUGCAGAAAGAGUGACGAUUAACUUACACUUUGGCACUGACCCCGAUAGGUGUAAUGAACCAAGAAAAAAACCACAAAAGCAAAGCAGAACACAGAGCCAAAGUGUAUGAACCUAAGUAAGCAGGCUCCUUAUUAGUCCCCCGGUAAUUAUCUACACCCGACCCAACCAAUCACACAGAACACAUACACGAGCAAAUUCCUACCGCAAAAUCAACCGAUCAAGGGUACAGUAAACGAUAGCGAUCAGUUUAUUAAACUAUAACGAAAAGCCAGUAUGCUUUCGCUGCUAGACAGAGGCCCUGGAAAAACUGCUCAUUGCAAUCCGAAGAGCGGCAAUCUUAUCGAGGGCUCAGCAAUAUAGCAUUUCGGUCGCGUCUAUGGUGUGCGGGAAUAGCAUAAAACAGGAUAGGGGGACGCCGAACACGAUCGUCCGUGUCGUAGGGCAUACGGACAGAACACACGACAGGUAACGCAGUUUAGAGGUAAAAUGAAGAUAACGGAUUUUAACGGGAUGAAAAAUAUGAAUAAUAAAGCUACAGAGU